UAGCCAAAGCAUCCAUCACUUACCAUAGCAACAGCUUCUCGUUGCCGGGUUACUAAAUCAUAAGUCUGUCCAGUUCUCCGACCUUCCCCGCAUGCUUCUUGAUGCUCGCCGUAUAGCAGGGUUGACGUGAUGGCGACAGCCUCUCUCGUCAUGCGCAAGUUGAAGCGAAGUAUCUUACCACCCCUCGUCGUGAUUCUGGGGGCCACUGGCACUGGCAAGUCCAAACUGGCAAUUGAAAUAGGAAAACGUCUUGAAGGCGAAAUAAUCAGCGCAGAUUCCAUGCAGGUGUACCGAGGGCUCGACAUCAUCACCAACAAGGUGACGGCGGAAGAGCAGGCCGAGUGCCCGCAUCACAUGAUCAGCGUGGUGGACCCGCUGGUGACCAACUACACGGUGAUAGACUUCAGGAACCAGGCCCUGUCUCUCAUAUCCUGUGUGCGCCGCAGGGACAGGCUGCCCAUCGUCGUGGGAGGCACCAACUACUACAUCGAGGCCCUGCUGUGGAACGUGCUGGUGGACACGGGGGCGAGUAAAGGAGACUGCAGCGGUUUGCCUGAUACGAGGGCGGAGCUGGAAAAACUGGGCGGGGCCGAGCUGCACCGGCGUCUGGCCGAGGUGGACCCCGACAUGGCGGCGACUCUCCACCCCCACAACGUGCGCAAGAUCGCCAGGAGCCUGCAGGUGCACCAGGAGACGGGCGUGGCCCACAGCCGGCUGCUGGAGGAGCAGAGGGCGCAGGAGGGCGGGGGCGGGUUGGGCGGCCCGCUGCGCUUCCCGCACGCCUGCAUCUUCUGGCUGCACGGCAACACGGAAGGUCUGGGUGAGAGGCUGGACAAGCGUGUGGAUGAGAUGCUCUCCGCCGGGCUGAUCGACGAGCUGAAGGAGUUCCACCGGCGGUACAACGAGCAGAAGGUCCAGGAGAACAGACAGGACUACCAGCACGGCAUCUUCCAGUCCAUCGGCUUCAAGGAGUUCCACCAGUACCUGACUGCGGGCCCCGGGGCCAGCGAGGAGGAGAGGGCCCUGCUGCUCCAGAAAGGGCCUGGAGCCAAUGUCCCCCCGGUGUUUGGACUGGAUGUGACAGACGUUUCCGAUUGGGAGAAGACUGUUCUCACACCUGCCUUAGAGGUUUUGGAUAGUCUUCAAAAGGGAGAGAAGCCGGCCCUGGAGCCAAUCAGAGUGGAAGGGGCGGAGCGGAGCAACAAGCGCAGCCGACACGAGUGCGAGCCGUGCGCCAGGGUGAUCAUCGGGGAGCUGGAGUGGGCAGUACACCUGAAGUCCAAAAGCCACCAACACCAUUUGAAAAAGAAGAGGAAGUCUGAGCUCGCCGCGCAGCAGCACCAGGCCUCGGCCUCUCCGUGCGACGCGUCACCCAGCACAGAGAGCCCGUCGUAGGCCACUGCCGGCACUCCAGCCCCAGGCUCUGAACGGGCCUACCUGAAGCCGGACGCAAGGGCCCAGUUCCUGCUGAUGUCAUGGCCCACGAUGGGCUUUAAAACUGUGUGUCCACCUGCACUUCUGUGCCAGAAAACACUGCUCUCAAAGCUGGGCGGUACUGGCGCAAGUAGCAGGAGGAUUUGCGGGCGUUUGCUCUGGUUAGCGUGUGGGGUCCUUCUCGGCACCAGCUGGCUCUGAAUUCGGCCUGGACACUCUGCUUAGUAGUCCUCCUCUCCCUAAGACCACGGUCUGAACACACUUUAAUACGCACGGCUGCUGAAUCCAGUCAGUGGCUCUGACCCUCGUCCAUGGGGGGAAAGUAUCUCUCCCUGGCUUUACUUUAUUCUAAUCUGGAACGGCACACUGCAGGCCUGCGUCACUCAAGACUGUGCGUGUUAGUCUAAAGCGUGAGUGACUUGGAAGUAUGCGUGGGACUUGCGAGGAUGAUUGUGUGUGUGUGUGUGUGCGCGUGCCCAUGCGUGUGUAUUUGUGUGUGUGCAGGCUUGCUUUGUGAGUGUGUGUGUGUGCAGGCUUGCUUUGUGUGUGUGUGUGUGUGCAGGCUUGCUUUGUGUGUGUGUGUGUGUGUGUGUGUGCGUGCGUGCGUGUGUGUGUGUGCAUGUGUGUGUGCAUGCUUGCCUUGUGUGUGUGUGCAGGAUUGCUUUAUGUGUGUGUGUGUGUGUGUGCAGGCUUGCUUUAUGUAUGUGUGUGUUUGUGUGUGUGCAUGGUUGUGUGUGUGUGCGCAUGCUUGGUUGUGUUUGUGUGUGUGUAUGUGCGUGUGUGUGUGUGUGUGUGUGCAGGCUUGCUUUGUGCGUGUGUGUGUGUGUGACUCAGGAGUCCUGAUGUCACAGCGCAACUGUUGGUAUAGAGCCCUGCUCUCCACAUGCAGGACAGGAACAUGGCAGCGCAUCACUGACAGCGAACGUGUCAACAGUUAAAGUGUUCGCAGCUCUAGGACACCGAUGAUUCGCCAAGGAGGCGGUGAGCCGGCCUGCUGCCUGUUUGGAUCAGACCCCUCUGGUCAGCACACUUACACAUGACGCAUCUUUUCUCCCAGGAACUUCUGUGCUGCUACUUCCUCUUCUUUAUGUGCCUUCCUAUUUACGCAGGAAUUGGAGUUUGCGGUCGAAUGUGAAGAGAAAAGGAAGUUUGGUUCAAAAUGAUCUUUGUCUCAAAUGCGGGCCGUUUAAAGAACAUGUAUCUCUGUCAUCCAUAUUCAUUUCUUAUGCAAUAAUACAGAGAAUGUAGUGUCUUAAAUUCAUGGUCAAGUGAGAAAAAAAUUCUUGUUUGUUUUAAUCAGCAUUUGGAAUGCAAGCUAACUCAAUAAAGCGAUGCAAUAUUAUUA